UCAGAGUCAUUUCCUGCAGUGCAAAGAGGACAAUCCAGACUUUGAAGGGGUCGACUGUGUGGUGUUUGAGUCUCCCUAUCCUAUGACCAUGGCGCUCUCCGUCUUGGUCACCAUCGAGAUGUGCAACGCCCUCAACAGCCUCUCGGAGAACCAGUCCUUGCUACGGAUGCCUCCGUGGGAGAACGUCUGGCUCCUGGGCUCCAUUUGCUUGUCCAUGUCUCUCCACUUCCUCAUCCUUUAUGUAGAACCAUUGCCACUGAUCUUCCAGAUCACCCCUCUGAACCUGACCCAGUGGCUGAUGGUGCUCAAGCUCUCCCUGCCGGUGAUCCUGAUGGACGAGACUCUUAAGUUUGUGGCCCGCACUUACCUAGAGCCGGUGAAACUGGAGUAAAUCAUUUAGUCCUAAACCAAUUUUUGCCGAAUUGUAAGGUUAAUUUUCUUGCAUGUGUCUUUAGCAACGCGUCUGCUGAAAACAUCUGCAUGAGUCUUGUACAUGGAAAAAAAAAAACUUUUUAAAAGCCUUCCCAAAAGCGAAGGAGAAAAAAAAAAUUGAACUGCAAACUUGUGUUCCGUGAAGGAAGUGUGUGGUGCUCUUACAACUAAAGGUUUAUAUAUACAGAUCUACCAAACUGUGCAAUAUAGUUUUUAACUGAUAAAAAACAAAAACUUCUGCAAAAGAUGUACUGGGAAUGCAUGAAGACGAGGCUCCCUUAACCUGCUGAGCAAGAAAUAUGAGUGAUGAUCCGGCCAAGAUUUCCACCCCCUCCCCUCCUUUUUCCAUAUUUCAUUGUGUAAAAUGUUAUUGAUCCUUUAUCAAAAUGUACAGUAUUAGACUGUCGAAAUGCAUGCUUUUCAGUUGUACGUAGCCGAUGAACCUCUAUUGUAUCUUUGAAAAAAAGAAAGAAAAAUUUAACAGUUUAAACAGCUCUGUACAAUAUGCAGUUCUAUUUAUACAGAUCAUUUGAUGGAUGGUACCGUUCCUGAAAUGUUUUAAGAAAACUCUUAAACCUUCAAAUUCCAUAACUUCAGUUUCUUUUUUAAAAAAAAGAGAAAUAAUCACCCGGAGUGUGCAAAUAGACUUUUUCCUUUUGCAACGUAGUCGUGUAACUUAUUUUAAAAAAUCUAAAAGUCGUUCAGUGCAAUACACGAGUCGUGACGCAUUUUAUCCGAACAAGAGGGGGGGGGUCAACUUGGAAGGGCUUCCCAACGCCAGCAAAGCAGCAGGCAGGAACACCCCCCCCUCCCUCGGUUUUCCUUCCUUGAUACUUUUCUCGGAUGGAUUUCCAAACCCACCGGAGACGCGCACCUUCGCCUGGAUUCCUACCUCGAGGGAAUUCCCACGGGCAAAAUGUGGCCGAGGGUUUAUUGGCGUGGCUCCCGGCGUGGUGGAGUCCCCUUCGGAUCCAUUUCUAAGAUAUAGCAUGUGUGACUUUUUUUUUUUUUUAGAAGUUGUAAAUAACGUCUGAUGGAACAUCACACUACCAUCCUGGUUUCGGGUAAAAUAAAAAACUUAUUCUACAGUAAACACCCUUUUUUGCCUUUGAUGUAUUUUCAAGAUCUGGAGUUGGAUGCUUUGCAACUUAGGCAGAGAGCAUCACAAUCAAACUUCGAUUCUCCGUUUCCAGUCAUUAGAUGUCUUCACUGAUUAAAUGUCAUUCUUGUAAGGAGCUACAGGACUUAUGCGGUGGCUAAGAGGCUGAGCUUAUUGA